AUGUUUUCGAUCGUGGCUUUGAGCGCGAUAUGGACCAGCUCAUUGUUGAAUGUAAAUGAAAGGAGAAUGGGUGAUUAUGAUGCGGUCCUCAAAUGGCCAUUUAAUUAUAAGGACACAUUAUACUUAUAUGAUCAAUCCGGUCAGAAUCAAAAUGUCAUUGACUACUUUCGUUCAGACGCAAAGUCGUAUAUGUCGAUAAUUCAGCAGGACGGUAAUCACUAUGUCCGAGACGAUACAAUGUUUAUUAAGAUCAUUGUUGAUUUGGCUAAACUCCCCAAAAUAAUUUUACCAUAUGCACUCAGUCUCAGUUCUAGUUUACCAUACCACGAUCAACAAGAUCAAAUUAAUCGCGAAAUAAAACGUGAUGAAAACGCUGAUAUUGUAAAUGCUGCCAGUCUUCUUGAUCUUGCAUGA